AUGUCCGCCACUACCACCAACCUCCAACCCACCCCCCAACGGGCCACAGCAACCCUCCACACCGAAACAAACCCAAACAAGAAAUACACCUACCUCGCCGAAACAACCCCCCACCUCGCCACAAUCCUCAGCUUCCCCUCCCGCUGCUCAACCUUCCCCUCCCUCUACGACCGGACCUGCGCCGAAAUCGUCGAUCUCGCAGGCACAAUCGCCUCCUUCGAGCCAGUCCGCCUUCACGUCCGACCAGAAGACCAAGCCCGAGCACAAAAACUAGUCGAUGCGCGCAUGUCCACCGCGCCGGCUAACCAUCGGGCUCGAAUCAGACUCAUCGCCGCGCCGACGAAUCACGUCUGGGUGCGGGAUACAGGGCCUGUGUACGUGCGCGGCAAGGACGAUGGCAAGCGGUACGCGAUUGACUUUCGUUUCUGCGAGUGGGGGAAUAAACUGGGCGAGCGGAUUUAUACCAGCAGUGUGGAUAAAGUGGCUGCCAUACAGGAAGAAGAAGACUGGCCGGUCAUGGACGAGCGGGUGCGGACCGAGAAUACCGCAUUUGCACAGCGCGUGCUGGAACUUGAGAAUCAGCUUUAUCCGGAGUCGGCCGUGUCGCGGGUGAUUUCUGGUGUGCGGCUUGAAGGUGGGGGGAUUGAGAUGGAUGGGGAGGGCACGUUGAUGGCGAUGGAGAGUAGUGUGACUGUGCCCUCGCGGAAUGAGGGGAUAUCGCGCGAAGCGAUUGAGACUGAAUUAUCCCGCCUGCUUGGGAUUAAGAAGUUCAUUUGGAUUCCUGGUCGGGAGGGUCUGGAUAUCACCGAUUACCACAUCGAUGCCGAGGCAAGGUUUAUUCGGCCCGGUGUGGUUGUGGUGGGUAGACCGCAUGCAAAGUGUGACCAGGUCUUUUGGGAUGUGUAUAAUGAGAUGCGUGCGAUUCUGGAUACCACGACUGAUGCGCAGGGUCGAAAGUUGCAAGUUUAUGAUAUUGAGGAGCCAGAUCCCGAUUUGGUCGGGGGGGAUGUGCCGGGUGAGGAGGUUGCGCCGGCGGCAUCAUAUGUGAACUUUUACUUCACGAAUGGUGGACUGGUUAUUCCGGCUUUUGGAGAUGCCGUGACUGAUGCCAAGGCAUUGGAGACUUUGGCCAAGUUGGUUCCUGAGCGACGAAUCUGCCAGGUCGCCGUUAAUGCACUACCUCGGACUGGAGGUGUGUUGCAUUGUACGACGCAGCAGGUGCUGUGA